AUGGAAACAAGGGUAUUGUCAUCAGUGACUGAAAUAUCAAUUAAGCACAGAGAAAGGAGUUACUGCUGCAAUAUGACCUUAGAGGCCCAGACUGUUGUUGUUCCUUACUUCAAAUCAGCCUUUCAGGUAAGUAAACUUCGAACCAAAAUACUGAAAUAUUGCAGAACAGCAGAGAUUGCCAGCGACCUUUUCAAAAUGCUGAGAGCCAGACACAUGCAUUGAUCUCCCACUUUUGGCCUGCAUCCUGUUCUUCCUGCUAUAUGAAACGAAGGCUGCAUUCCUAAGUGUAUUUGCUGUGGGAGUCAGUUCUGUAGGAGCUUGCUCUAUGAGCAAUGGGCCUUAGCCUGGCUGGGCAGCACACAAAACGGGCCAAUCCUUAGCUAGUGAAAAGGGGACUGUGAAAAAGGAUGCAAUCCUAUGCAUAUGCAUACUUUCCUGGGAGUAAGUUCCAUUGAACUCAGAGGGACUUACAUCUACCUUGCCAUAUUUUGAAGCGCAAAAAAGAGAACACAUUUGCUGACUUCUACUUUUAGCUAUGGAUCGCUAUGAUUACUCUACCCAUGAGAAGGAGGAAGACAUGUCCUGGAAAAAGACGACUUACAGUAUGGGAACCUUUUGUUUCAAAAAUGCCCUCUUUCCUUUCUUUUGUGGUAUCACAAUUAGGCUUUAAAGCAGCCUUUUGUAGGUUGCAAGCAGUGUUUUUCCCCUGGGGGUACGCAGGGGUACACAUACCCCUAAACAUUUUGUGAAUCUAACAGGAGAAGAAACAAUUUUUUUAAAAAAAUAGUUUCUUCUCUAGCAUGGUGAAGCCUCAUUUUUAUUGCCACUCCCGAUGGCGGCCUCAUUUUCUGUGACGGUGUUUCCUGAGUCUCAGAUGGAAAUGAGCGUUUAAUGUGUGAAGUAGGAGUUGGAAUCUAGCAUGGUGAUUGGUCAGUUUCAUUGUUAUUCCUGAUGGCAGCUUCAUUUCCUUUCCCACUGUUUCCUGAGUCUCAGACGGAAGUGAGCAUUUAAUGUGUGAAGCAGUGUGGAAUAUGGAUGUGUGGUGUUUUACUGAUGAAAGUUUGGCCUCAUUGAGAGGCAGUAUUUCAAUAUGAGUAUUGCAUGUUCUUUGUACUUUUGUCCAUUUGCUGUAUUUUUCCUGAUUCGAACUAUAAAAUGGUGAUUUUCUUGAGUCAAAAUGAGAGUACCCCUAAACAUUUUUUUUAGAAAAAAAAAAGCACUGAUUACAAGCUAUAGACGGAUGUGACAGCAGAGGAUUACCUCCUUCCCUUCCACCUGUGACCCCCCUCCCCCAAAAGACCCACCUACAAUUAGGCUUUGUUACGGAAAUUACGGGGUGGGGCACAUCUUUAAAGUUAAAUUUUACAAAUAUUAUGCCUGAAUGUAUCCUCUCAACUUGACAGCUCAGGGAAGUUGCCUAGCUUUAAAAAUAAUAUAAAAUCAACUCCUUUGCCAGUUUCCUCCAUUCCAAAGCUAUUUUCCCCUUGAAAAGGGACUCCAGGAAGUUCCCAGAGGUAACAAUUGCUGGGCUGAUUGUUGGCCAAGGAAAGCCUAAUCCCAUCACCAAACUUGCCAAGGGGCCAGACAUGCAAAGGAAGUUCUAUUGUACUUUGGGUGGUGGGACUUCAGAGGUGUUUGCCUAUGCUAAUCUUAUACCUGAGUCUUGCCCUGCCGCGUCUGCUUAUGCUAAUCUUGUACCAAGGACUUGUUUGGACAUGUUUGCCAAGGUUAAACAAGUGUAACCCCUGUCUACCCAUCCCCUUUUCUGACAUGUCAGUGAUGUAGCAAUGAUGCUGUACAAACUGUAUUCUGGGAUAUGGUGGGAAAGUUUUGAAAGUCUUUGUCACCCCAUCCUCGGGGUUCAAAAUUCCUCUUUGAACCUGUUGCGCAAUAAACUUUGGUCUACAGCUAUUUGCUCCGGUUGGUGGCUGGACUCCUUCCUUAAUUCCGCAAGGACCCGCGGGCUCUGCCCGACAAGUUGGGUGACAGAGCAGCCUCACACCUAGAUUUUUCCGUAAUGGCUUGCAAUAAGCCUCUAAUUAUCAUCAACAGAUGAUGACAGAAUCAACCCUAGUUGCAAUUUCAGGGGUUGCAACUGUGGAGGUAGGAGUUAACCCUUCCCUCAUCAGCUAUGAUCCCCUCUCCUGAAAUCACCUCUUGAACCACUGCAAUUAGGCUGUGGGGGGGAACCUAGAAGAUUUUUUUCAAGCCUAAUUGUUAUGUGGGGCAGGGAGCAGAAUAUGAUCUUCCUAGAGACUGUGGCUAUGGAGGGAAGGUUAAGUGAAAACACCUUUUUCAAACCUAAUUGCGGGAGGUGGGAGAGAAUGAACCAAGUGAUCAUUGAUUCAUCAUACCAGUUAACUGCAGUCCUUACAAAUAGGACAGUUUUGAUUCAAAGUGGUGCUAAUUGUUGGGUUACUCAUAGCCAGGACUUUAGCCUUUAGAUCUGGUUUACAGUAGCAUAUGUUCUAUUUUACCUGCCAUGGAUUAGCUGUGGCUUUCUUAACCUUGCAGUUGGAAAGUGGGUAAUCCUACCUAGUCUUCUUCACAAAUAUUGUUAGGGCUGAGUUUCUAUGGCCCUCCAAGCCUCUCUGUAUGGCCCUUGGGAUCUCCCCCGCCCCACAGGCCACACACCCUUCCCAGCCACACCCCUGACUGUUUCUGUUUCACACCCUCCUUAAGGGUUUUUGCCUGGCUGGAAUGUGUCCUUGAACUCUGAUCAUGCCUCUUGAUUCCCUGGAGGGAGGGUGAAAAGGGUUGUGUGAGUGAAACGAGCCUAUCGUACAAAGGUACAUUUUGUAUUCAUUGCUCCGCCCACUUCUGCUUCUGACGCUGCCCACCCGAAAAGAACAUGGCCCCACAGGCUGAAAAAUAUUCCCCACCCCUGCAGAGAAAGCUAAUGGGUUUCCUUAGACAGCUGUCCAUGCUUAAGGGCAGCCCAGCUUGAGGUCUGGGUACAGGGCCAGCUCAAGACAUUUUGGCACCUGAAGCGAACCACAAAAUGGCGCCCCCUGUCCUCCCAGAGAAGAAGAAGAAAGGAGUGAAGAUCUACAUCAGGUACAAGGGGGUGGGAACGAAGAUCAACAUUGAGAACAGGGCUUGGGAGGAGACCAGCAGCGCCUCUUAUUCACUGAGAGAAAGCAUCUGUGUCCAGGGCAGCUGUCUACAGUCUACCAGCUCCAUCUGGUAAGCUGGCUGAGACCCUACUUGCCCAUGCACUGUCUCACCAGAGUGGUACAUGCCCUGGUUAUCUUCUGGUUGGACUACUGCAAUGUGGUGUACAUGGGGCUGCCUUUGAAUAUGACUUGGAAACUACAACUAAUCCAGAAUGUGGCAGCUAGAUGGGUGACUGGGAGCAGCCACUGGGACCAUAGCACUGGUUAGACUGCAGCACUCAGCACAGGGAGUAUGCCCUAUUGGACAUAGUGGAACAUUCUUGUUCGUUUGUUUGUUUGUUUGUUUGUUUCUUAUGGGUGCAGUAUGGGUAUUAUGUGGCACCUGUAACUGUGCCGGUUCUUAUGAAUAGACAUACAUAAGACUGUGCUGCAAAUAUGUUAUCUCUACAUGUGUCAAGAAAGUUAGGCCCCAGAGCAAAGGGGAAAGUUUCAGCUAAGGGGAAAUCCCAGCCAGUUUUCCACUAUUGUCAUCAACAAGAUCCCAAGGCCAUUUGCAGCCUUAAUGAGUCCAGCGUUUGAGCUAUGCUCUUUCAUGAAGACCAUCUGAGGGCAGGCAAAUCAUAUUAAUUUAUUGCACAUAAAUGUUUAACCUGCUAUACCCCCAGUGGUUUGGGGGUGUUAACUUUAACAAAGCAGCUCUAAAACCUGCAUUUGAAAGCUCUGUAAUCAACGCCCUCGCACACAGAGUGUCACUGGCCAUUUAAUGCCUUCCUCGGGAACGCACUUGAGUUUGUCCUUUUUCCAUGAGUCUCCAGAGGAUGGGAUAAUUGCGGGGGAACAGCUUUGCAGAAAUCAGCGGAAGAUUGGAGGUGGCAGGAGCGGGAGGCUGGUCUGUGGCUGCAGCUGUUGCAGGUAAGGUAAAGAGCUAAGUGUGAGUCAUUCAGUCACACUCUGCGGAGCUGUUUUAUCAAGAUUGGCUCCAUGCCACAAUCCCUCAUGAAAAGGAAACCAGGCAUUCCUCCCACAGGUCAGUUGCUGGCUCUUUUCCGGAUUAACUGGGCGAGUGCCCCUAUCCUGAUUACCAAAGCAUUUCCCUCUCCUAAGCUUGAUACAUCUAAUUCUGGACAAUUAAGCCGUGUGUUUUUCACUGGAGGGUUUUCUCUUGAUUUGGCACCAGAAUACGGGCUUGUAAAAGAACCACUUACCCGCCUAGGUACAAAGGCUGCUUUCUUUUAGGCCACAGAUAGCACAGGUACUUGUAUGUGGGCAGAUGGGUACAUGUAUGUGGGCAGAUAGGCCCAUACAAAUGCAUAGGCUAGGUAAGGACCGGUUGGUACACCUGUCUGAAUAUGCUUCCAUCUUAAUUUCAGAAUACCUGCGCCCCAAUCCUGCCUAAAGGUUGGGAAAGGGCAUGAAAAGACAGAUGAUUGCCACAGAUCAGCUUCUCUCAACAUCCUGCCAUAUUGAUUCAACCCCCUACAACAAGCCUGGGAGGAGGAGGUGUUGGAAGCUGAAGAGGUAACAGGGUUUAGUGAGCUGGGAGAAUCUGUAGCAGAGAGAAGUCCGGAGGCAGAAGCGGAAGCAGAAGGGUAGGAGGAGAGGAGCCAAGAGGCAGGUGUCAUGGGUGUCUCCCCGUCCUGCUGUGACAAGCUCCCCUCCUCCCUGCCUCCCAGAACCAUAAGAGGCAUGAAGACGUCAGAGGAGAGCUUGGUUGGACGCAGGCGCAGUCUCUGAUUUUUUGGGGAAAAAACUCUGGAAAGGAGGGGACUUAGGCAGAUGCAGAGAGGUGGGGAACUUCAGUCUCAGCAACUGCUUCAUGAGGGCAAGACCUACCAGAGAUGAAUUGCUGUGCUAAUUAGGCCUGACACUCCUAUGUCAUACUCUCCAACAUUUCUCUGAAGAAAAUAGGGAUGUCCCAUUCCAUAAUGAUAAGUUUAUUAUUUAUACCCCACACAUCUUACCGAGUUGCCCCAGCCACUCUGGGCAGCUUUCAACAUUCAUAAAAACAUGAUAAAACAUUAAACUUUUUUUUUAAUAAAAAAAAAUCUUCCCUAUAUAGGAUUGCCUUCAGAUGGCUCAGGGGUCGGAUACCUCCAUACCCUCCAACAUUUCUACAGUGAAUAUAGGGACAUCCUAAGGAUAAGUGGAGGGACGCGGGUGGCGCUGUGGGUUAAACCACAGAGCCUAGGACUUGUUGAUCAAAAGGGGGUCGGCGGUUCGAAUCCCCGCGACGGAGUGAGCUCCCGUUGCUCGGUCCCUGCUCCUGCCAACCUAGCAGUUCGAAAGCACGUCAAAGUGCAAGUAGAUAAAUAGGUACCGCUCCGACGGGAAAGUAAACAGUGUUUCCGUGCGCUGCUCUGGUUCGCCAGAAGCGGCUUAGCCAUGCUGGCCACAUGACCCGGAAGCUGUACGCCGGCUCCCUCGGCCAAUAAAGCGAGAUGAGCGCCGCAACCCCAGAGUCGGUCACUACUGGACCUAACAGUCAGGGGUCCCUUUACCUUUACCUUUAAGGAUAAGUGGGGCAUUCUGGGAUCAAAUCAGAAACUGGGACGGCUUCUCUAAAUCAGGGACAGCUCUGGAAAACAGGGAUACUUGGAGGGUCUGCUAUGUUGAUCGUGUUUUACUGUGAUUUACUGCUGUCUCACUCCUGACAAUGACCUCCAUAGUUCUUCUCCUCCCUAACAACAUCUGAAAGGCCACAUUUUCCCCACCCCUGAGCUUUGGUCCAGUCUACUAUAGGCAGUUCUUAUGUCCGUGUUCUUGGUUUCUAAGGAAGCUGUUUUGUUUAUUGAAUUAACACACAUUCUCUACGCUGAGGCAUUUGCUCAGGAAUCAUGCCAGCUGACAACAGCGACCCCUUGGAAACCUCUGCUGGUUGACUUCUUGUACUCAUUUGUGGUGCCACAUAAUUAAGAAUGAGAGGUUGAAGCAAGGCUAUCACAGCUAUGUCAAGUGAAACACAAUGCUGCCCGUUUGUUUUGGUCUCAGCUGUCAUGCUGAUGCUCCUCUAUCAACUGUGACAACUUAUCAGCUAGGACACAGUCCAGCAUAAUGAGAGCCUUCUGUCAUCACAGGAAAGGGGGGGAAGGGAAGCUGAGCACUGCGAUGACAAAUCAGGAAGCAGACAAAGCCAGAUUGUCCCGUGGAAGUCCUGCUUUUCCAUGGGAAAUGCCCCAGUUUGCUUUUUUACAAUCCUGACGUCCCACAGGGCCUUUGCAGAUCAUUGUACGUUCCCUGUACAAUAAAGCAAUCGUUACUCAGUUGCUGGAAGGGACCCAAAUGCAGUCCCCAGAUAGCACAAGUAUUGUGGAAGGUCGGAAGAGGAUUUAAAUUCUCUUCUUUCAGCUAGCACAUCAGUUACAAAGAAAUUAUGUUUUGCCCUCCCAAGACUGCAAUUUCAUUUCUUGUUAUAGGUGUUAUUAAUUCAUUGUUUUUAGGAUCAUAAUGAACACUGAUCUAUGCAAGUAAGUAGAAAGGCAGUCUGAACAUCUUACAAAGAAACACAUUCAAUAAAAUAAAAAUGCACACACUGGGGCACUGUAUUCACUACUGCUGUUUGCAAUCUGCAAAGGAUAUAUAAUUAAUGACAUCUCCCCCUCCCAAUUUGCAUGGCAUUUCCUUUGCAUUGAAAUGAUAGGUAUGGAAUAGCGUAAUAAUAACGCAAUUAAUUAUGCAAAAUUCUGCCCCAGCAGAUGGCAAGGCAGAUAAGGUAUUUUUUGUCAGAAGGCGAACUGCAGCAGAAUGGUAACAGCGCUGCAUAAUGAUGAACAUGGAUAGGAAUGGAAAUCAAUCCCUUGUGUUGUGGGCAUCUAUUGGUUAGUGACUGUGACACCACUGAGACAUCCUUUCCCCUUUCAUUUGCUGUGUUAGUUUAGCUUCUGAUUUCGCUAUUUGGCCUAGCAAUGUCCUCCCAUCCUGUAAAACCUUUCUUUCUCGUUUCAAAAAGUAACACCUGGCAGUACAUUCCUUCCUCUUCUAAGAGCUAAAACACAUAGGCUACCCCUGCUAAAAUACUAAUAAGCAAAGUUACACACCUCUCAAUCUCCCUGUAGCACAAAAUAUUUCCCACAAGACGUAUCUCAGCCUAGAUCUCUGAGAAAACCAUACUGCAUCAUCAGUGAGAGAAACACCUGCCUUUCCCCCCUAUCAUCUGGAAAGGCUAAUAAGAACUGGGAUAACUGUGGAAAAUCAUUUUUUCCUCACUUAUUUAGGAUUAUAUAUUUCCCCAUUUCUAGACGAUAUUAUGGUGUAUUGAUGGACUCAGGAGGGAUUAAAGCACAGCUGUAUUUGUGCACACACAAAUUGAUGUAGGAUGUAGCCCUACUGGCAUUAAACAGUGCCGUCCUUCAUAAAAUGCAAACAAACCUCUGAUCACAUUUCUAAACAUAAACACUGCCAUUCAGCCAGCUGAAGCCAUUUUGAAAUUGUGUGCCUAUUUUCACAAUGCUUGAUAAAACGGAAUUAUUUGCAGUAAUGAUUUGCUGUCAUUAUCUCCUAAUGUGACAGAAAAUUGCAGUUAUGGAUAACAUUUACAAUAUGUUUAUGAACUGCUGGAAGGUACCUGCUGUGCUUUUGAGACUCAAGAAGCUCACUCAGUCUUUUUCAAGCCCCAUUGAUUGCAGCUAGAUUUUGAUUUAACAUGGUGCUCUUAUUAGGGUCAGGUAAAGUAAAAAACAUUAUUACAGCAUCAUCCAAAUGCAUGUUUGUUCAGAAGUCCCACUGAGCUAUGUUGGAUCUGCUCUCCAGCAAAUGUGCUCAAGAAUGCUACACACUUACAGAGAAAAGGUCGCAUUGAGUUCAAUGGAACUUAGAUUUCUUCCAGAUGACCUGUUUAUUGAGUAUUCAUCCUGAUUUGCUUGCAAAUAUGUUGGAUGAUGUCUGCUCUUCAACUAGCAUUUGUCCUCAUUAUCUACAGGGCUUUCUUUUCCAGCCAGAGCUCUCCAGAACUCAGUUCUGGCACCUCUCAGGUGGGUGCCAUUGCCAUUAUAAGAGAAUGAGGGAGAAGUUCAUGGUGAGUACUGGCAUCUCUUUUUCUUGAAAAAUAACACUAGGAAGGGGGAUGUGGAUCAUGUAUCUCCCUACAAGUCAAUGUGUUUUCAAUGUGCCAUCAUACCCCAUGAUGUUGAUGGUGAUGAUGGUGAUAAUUUAUACCCCGCCCAUCUGGCUGGGUUUCCGCAGGCACUCUGGGCGACUUCCAACAGAAUAUUAAAAACAAGAUAAAACUUCAAACAUUAAAAACGUCCCCAAACAGGGCUGCCUUCAGGUGUCUUCUAAAAGUCAGAUAGUUGUUUAUUUCCUUGACAUCUGAUGGGAGGGCGUUCCACAGGGCGGGUGCCACUACCGAGAAGGCCUUCUGCCUGGUUCCCUGUAACUUCGCUACUCGCAGUAAGGGAACCGCCAGAAGGCCCUCGGCACUGGAUCUCAGUGUCUGGGCAGAAUAAUGGGGGUGGAGACGCUCCUUCAGGUAUACUGGGUGAGGCCAUUUAAGGCUUUAAAGGUCAGCACCAAAACUUUUGUGCCCAGAAACGUACUGGGAGCCAAUGUAGGUCUUUCAGGACUGGUGUUAUGUGGUCUCGGCAGCCAUUCCCAGUCACCAGUCUAGCAUUCUGGAUUAAUUGCAGUUUCCGGGUCACCUUCAAUGGUAGCCCCACAUAGAGAGAGCAUUGCAGUAGUCCAAGCGGGAGAUAACUAGAGCAUGCACUACUCUGGGUAGUUUGGACCUUAGUCCACAAUAGUUUUGGGUCUCAACAGGCACCUCCAUGUCACUAAGUGUUGCCCUGACUAAAUUCAGUUCUGCGUUAACUCUCCCUUCAGUUUCUCCUUGCUUCUUAUGUGUGUGUUACUUUUCAGUGGUUUUGUUUUUCUCACUGACCAAUGUAACUGUAGGCAAGGCUGGGGGUGAAUCAUUUUGCCUGGAGCUGACGAAAAAAUAUGUCAACACCAUCUUGAAGUGCAGAGCUGCCCAUUCGUAUUUCUUUCUGGUCACUGGACUUAGAUGUAUCCAGUUCCCUUUUCAAAGAAAUUCAGCACCACAGUAUAGCUAAACGAACAGCACAGAGGAAAACCCUCUGACGCUUUCUCCCGUUUAAAAUUGCUUUCUCCCUUUUUUGCUCUGACCUACAUUUUAGGUAAUAUAUGCAAUCUGUAUAGCAACAGAUCAUUUCAGAGAAGCAGCGACGCCUUGCCAAGCACAGACAUGUAGCUUGCAUUUGAAAUGGAUCGGCUUUCCUUCCAUACCAGCUUUUUAACGUUGAUACUGCUAGGGUUGGUAGCAUAAACAAAUGUAAAUUAUGUUCAGCCUGGUCUCAAUAUUGAAAUAAAACUGCUAGGCUCUAAGAGGAAUAUCAUAUUAAUAAUUCUUAGCAGUAAGGCAAGCAGGAUUAUCAUCAUUUAUGCAACACAAAUGGAAGAAAGAGUGGAUAUCAUAGAACAGAAAUUAGAUACAGUACAGAUAUGGAUAUAGACCUACUUGGUAGCACGCUUGGUUCUGCUACCUCCCAGAGGGAUCAAAAUUGUGAUAACACAGUUAUCCGGACAUCAGUGAUCAAAAUCUAAAUGGAUAAAUUACCCAAGUCUCUAUGUCAGUUCAAUACAGUUUAAUUGGUAUUGCAACCAUUCCUGAACACUGGGAUCUUGGAUGAAAACAAUCUUCUGCAACAAAUGAUCAAUUCUGAAUACUGUGUUGCCAAUCCUCUGUUAUCAGAGCCCUCUUUAGAUGCUGGCUGAGUCUACACAGAUAUUCAAAAAUGUUGUGAAAAUGUUUUUUUUUAAAAAAUGUAGUAAAGUACAUACGGAAAAUUUGCCUUUAGCUCAUCAGCAACAUCUAGUGUCACAUUUGUAUAAUGUACUUAAAACACACUUAAAAUGUUAUAUUUGCAACUGUAUAACUGAGUGCACAGGGACACGGGUGGCGCUGUGGGUAAAACCUCAGUGCCUAGGACUUGCUGAUCGCAAGGUUGGCGGUUCGAAUCCCCACAGCGGGGUGAGCUCCCGUCAUUCGGUCCCAGCUCCUGCCCACCUAGCAGUUCGAAAGCACCCCUAAGUGCAAGUAGAUAAAUAGGUACCACUUUAUAGCGGGAAGGUAAAUGGCGUUUCUGUGUGCGGCGCUGGUGCAGGCUCGCCAGAGCAGCUUCGUCACGCUGGCCACGUGACCAGGAAGUGUCUCCGGACAGCGCUGGCUCACAGCCUCUUGAGCGAGAUGAGCGCGCAACCCUAGAGUCGGACACGACUGGCCCGUACGGGCAGGGGUACCUUUACCUUUUAACUGAGUGCACAGAAGAAAAUAGUGUAUGCAUAAUCAGCUAUAAAUAUUGGCUGCAGUGUGAAGCCUCUGGGUUGGCUGGGUUGAGUACAAAGACUAGGAGCCAGGCCUACUGCCUUUGCUUGAUCAGCUCAGUCUGCCUGCUGAAUUUCAGGCACCAGCCUUAGCGACAGCAAAAAGUCAACUCCUGCUUUGGGAGCCUUGGGCUGGAGACAACCCAUUCAAGGUAUGGAUAUAUGUAUUGCUGCCCGUGGUUCCUCCAGCCUAGUACUGAUAUUGCGGAUAUUCACAUACAGAUUCAACAGUUUGAGAAUCUGAGUGCAAAGUACUUUUUUUUUGUUUCUGUACGUUAAUAAGCAAAAACUGCCAGUAGGUUUUGCUGUAAAUAUCAACCCCUGAAACUUGUCUGGAUCAAGAUUGAGCAGGGUGGGCAGACACCUACUAUACACCAUAUUUUUCGCUCUAUAAGACGCACCAGACCACAAGACACACCUAGUUUGUGGAGGAGGAAAACAAGAAAAAAAAUAUUCUGAAUCUCAGAAGCCAGAACAGCAAAAGCAGCAAUCCCUCUUGCUGUUCUGGCUUCUGGGAUAGCUGCGCAGCCUGCAUUCGCUCCAUAAGAUGCACACACAUUUCCCCUUACUUUUUAGGAGGGAAAAAGUGAGCCUUAUAGAGCAAAAAAUACGGUGUUUUGAGAAAGAGUUUUGACCCCUUGAUGGGCAUUUUGGACACCUCUUAGGAUAUUGCAGCUACAUUUUGUAUGAUGGUUCCUGCAGGUUUGUAGGCCUGGAGAAAGUAAUCUGGAGCUUCCGAUCAUUUCCCAGGUGUGUAAUCUGGCAGAAAGCAUUUCAUUGUAUGAUAAUUUCUGGUUAUCUAUGAGAAUAGCAUAACCAAAUAAUAUAUCUACUGUACUUGUUGUUCCUGAAGGGGAGAACAAGGUUAUAUUUAUUUCAAGGAUGAUUGACCUGUAGAAGCACAGCCUUACCCUUUUGCUAUGUUUCCGUUAGGAAGGCAGAUUAAUGACAGCAGAGGCCGGUAUGUAAUAUUCCAGGUAUGUAAUGUGGAUUUGACUCAAUUUUGUGAUAGUGGCUCAAGCACUGUUACGCCCAUAAGGCUUUUAGAAUUUGAGCUGUCCCUUUUUCCUAAGCCUGCACCAGCCAAGUGGGAAUGUCAGAUCCUACACAAGAAAACAAAUGAUGUGGUUCUCUUCUUACGCUAGCAGCAUCUGCCAUCUCCCCAGGACUUGUUCUUGCAUUCCAGGCACCAUUCUUCAGCUGCUUCAAACAGCUGCCUGUAGAGAAAUGUUCUCUGUGACUUUCUUACGUAGAUGGAACGUCUUCCUUUUAAAAGUGCACUGUCCCUGGGCCCAGAAUAGCAUUCAAAAUAAAUUUUAUUUUUGCAAGUAUAACAGAAAAAAGAAACAUCACCAGCUGCGACAUUAAUAAUAAAAAUAUUCCAGUGAUAUUGACCUAGUCUUAAAAAUAUAAAUAUGAAGAGGCAGGCAAUCAAAAAUAUAAAUUAGUAUAGGCAGGAAUACAUUCAGACACAGAAUGGGCUGGAGGGCUUCAGACCACUGAGCAGUGGAUGUUCAUCCUUCCAGCCCUGCAGUAUCUUUGCAAACUAUAAGAUGGGGUUGCCAUAUUUCAAAAAGUGAAAAUCUGGACACAAAAGUGGUUGAGGAGGGUUUUUUUGGGGGGGGGGAACGGACGCUAUUUCCAAUGGGUAAAUCUCAAAUAUGUCCACCUGUUAAUCUCCACACCACAGGAGUAUAAUUUAAGAGUGUGUUAGCACCUACAAACAUCAAGGAUUCCUGCCCCCAAUACAGUGGUACCUUGGUUCUCAACCGUAACCCAUUCCAGGAGUCUGUUUGACUCCCGAAACUGUUCGAAAACCAAGGCACGGCUUCCGAUUGGCUGCAGGAGCUUCCUGCACUCAAGCGGAAGCCAUGUCAGACAUUUGACUUCUGAAAAACGUUCGCAAACCAGAACACUUACUUCCAGGUUUGCAGCGUUCGGGAGCCAAUUUGUUCGACAACUAAGCCGUUCAAGAACCAAGAUAAAGUUAAUAUGGAGAAAAAUCUGACCAGAAAGGGGACAUGGGACAUCAUAUAUCUUGAAGAAGUGUUAAUCAGCAUUUCAUUGCCAGCAUCUACCUGAACUAGCCAAUUCCUUCCUAUUAUUAUUAUUAUUAUUAUUAUUAUUAUUAUUAUUACUAUUAAGGUGUGGUAAAUUUCAGUAUACCUCGAACGUUUAAUUUUGUUGAAUUCAUCUCCAUGUUAAAUCUAAAGAAACAAUACAUAGAGAUGCUAAAGUAACUUUCUAUUGACCGAACUCAGUGGAACACUAAUUCUCUCUAAGAUCCCGAACAUCCAAUUUACAACAUUUCAACAGAUGUUUAUAAACAACUAAACUGGGUUUUGCUUUCUGCAAAGACACUCCAGCAAAAUAGGAGAUGCCAAGUAACUCAAAGCUGCUGGUCCAUAAAUAGACAUCAAAAGCUACUGUGGUGGAAUAUAUUGCUAUUCAUCCCUAGCAGGAAAGUGGUAUCUAAAUCACAUUUUCCUUUGCCUGAUUCAGACCAGAAGUGGGAGGCAACUGAGGACAGGGACAAGAACUCAGACUGGAAGGAGGCGUAGGGGAUGAGACUAUGUGGCAGGUUUGGUGCUGUCUCCCAGGGAGAGGUGGCACAUCAAGAGAAAAGAGAGGGGAGUCCACCUGCAGGCCAGGUAUUAUUGCAGGAAUGGGGAUUCUUGAGAGUAGCUGGGCAUUCUCCACUUCUGCUUAAAAGCUCGGCAGGGAGGUGUAGAAACUCAUUGGAACAACUCCACAGCUCCCAUGCAGUCUUGGAAUUCUUACUACUAACCUUGGACUCCUGAACCUUGGUCCUUGCUUCUUGGCUUAACUUACUGUUGUUAUUCCUCUGUCAUGUAAUAGUAGAUUCUGCUCUUUCCUAGCUGCUGAGUGUGCACUGCUAGACUGCUAUAGUGCAAGUUUACGUCUUUACUUGCAAGUAGGUACACCUGUUACGGCCUUGGGGUAGGAGCCUACAUGUGUUAAUGGAAUGCUAAAGGAAUAUCUUACAGCAUCAGGAAAUGACAAAUUAUCACAGUUCUAUAAACUUUAUUUACACUUAUUAAAAUUAAGAAGAGGAAUGAUGCAAUCCAAGAUGCCUAAUUAAUUUUGUUUACACACAAUCUCCUCUUCUAGUAGUUGGUGAUGGUUGGUAUUUUCAGAGCUGAAUGUACUUCCUUUCAUGCAUAUGAAUGUCUAAAAUGUUCACUGAUUAGUUGAAGAGGGGAAACAUGCUUUACGGAGUUGAAUAUGGACUUAAUUGCUGUUACAUAUUCAGCUGCUCUCCAAGGCCAAGUUUUCCUCUUUUUUUCUUUUCAAUUAAUUAGCAAGCUUUGUUACACAUUAGCUUUACAGGUUCUCAGCAACCUCAUUUUCGUUUCCCUUUCAUCCUGAUGAUUAAGGCUUUUACGUGUUUGUAAAAAAAAAUUUAAAAAAUGGUAUUUCUUCUCAAAAUGAAAGACCAUAUAUACAUUUCUAAAAUAAAUCAUCACCACUAUCAUAUUCCAAUGAGGCAAAUGAGGAAUACCAAUGGGAAGACUCCAAGGCCAGCUCAAGACAUUUUGCUGCCUAAGGCAAAAGUCAAGAUGGCAUCUCCCCACAAUUCCACAUACAGUGGUUGACUGGACUGGCAAUUACCAUACUUUUCUGUGUAUAAGACUAUGUUUGUUUACUCUAAAAUAAUGUUCAAAAUCGUCUUAUACACAGAUGGUAUCACCCCCCAUUUUCUUAAAUCGGAGUCCCCCAAAAUAGGGGGCGUCUUAUACAUGAGGUUGUCUUAUAGAUGGAAAAAUACGGUAAAUCUUAAUUCCACACUGACAGGAUCCUCUACCACACCUGAGGGCAGCAGACUGCAAGUCAAGUGGUCUAGUGAGUUCUGUCUCCAGCACCUCAUUACUACCACUGUCCCCCAGCACCAGCUGCUGAGGUGGCUGCCUCACAGUGCCCAAUGCUAGGGCGAGCCCUGCAAAGAGGCUCUCAUUCAGUGCUUGCACUUACAAAUCUUUCUGUUUUGUUAUGUAUUUUAUUCCACAUUCUCAAGAAUCACAACCACAGUUUUAAAUCCAUGUACCGUAUACCGAAUAGAUAUAAUCAUAAUGUCAUGAUGUAACUCACCAUAUAAAAUUCCCAUUAUGGAAACAAACUACAGCAUCAGUUACCUAUUCAAUAGAUGUGGCGUUUGCUCAUUCUUUGGAGAUACGUUUGUAUUGGAGGGGAGAAAGGGUUAAUAGGUUGACCAAUAAGAAAACCCGGAGGCGGAGGCUACCUGAUUUUGAGGCUCAGCCCAGAGGUUUUGACAGUUCGGUUGGUUCUUUUUUGGGGGAGGGGGGAGAUAAAGGAGUCAAAGACAGGGACAAGACUGAGAGGGAAUAGAGUGACAGAAUUUCGAAUAUAUUAAAAACUUGUUUGUGUUUGAAAUAAACUUUAAUCUUCAUUGUUAACUCUACCUGACUGAGACUCAAUACAGUGGUACCUCAGGUUAAGUACUUAAUUUGUUCCGGAGGUCCGUACUUAACCUGAAACUGUUCUUAACCUGAAGCACCACUUUAGCUAAUGGGGCCUCCUGCUGCCGCCGCGACGCUGGAGCACGAUUUCUGUUCUCAUCCUGAAGCAAAGUUCUUAACCUGAAGUACUAUUUCUGGGUUAGCAGAGUCUGUAGUCUGAAGCAUAUGUAACGUGAAGUGUAUGUAACCUGAGGUACCACUGUACUUCACUGGGGAACCCUGGGUCUUCUCCACAAAAUUGGUUGCAGUAGAAGAAUAAAGUAGUGGUGUGCAUGUCAAUAGUCCGUGAAACGACCAGGGGCUCUGUACGAACGCCACAAUAACAUUAUACAUUAGCUACAUAUGCCAUUUUAAGAUACACUUGUAAGCAAUAUAUAAUAAUAAACUCUUUGUUUCUGCUUCCCAUUAUGCUCAACAUGCUUAAAUGUUUCCUAACAACAGCUGUAGAUUUACUGAGUUCUGGACUUCGUUAUUCCAGUGUCAAAUUACUACUACUACUACUACUACUAUUACUAUUUUAUUUGUACCCUGCCCAUCUGACUGUGUUGCCAUACUCCAUUUCUCUGCAAACAUGUUUUCACGCUGACUUCCCUCUGGUUUCACUUCAGAUCAUAUAAAUCUCUCGCCUUCCAAUUCUCUCUUAACAUAGAAUAUCUAAGGGCUGGUUCACAUUUGCCGUUUGUCUUUAGGCAGUCAACACAGGAACAUGACACCCAGGGCUGCUAGCAGGUUCACAACUGGGCACUGUUCAGGUAGAAUUUCCAUUGCUUUCAUGCACUGCUGGAUCUAAAAAUAUUGCUGCCACCAUCAAAUAAAUAUUAGUGACCAGUGGGAGGCGCUGAUGGCAACAUUGGUGCUUCUUUAUGUAAGUGCUACAGAAUUUAUCAGCAGCCUUACAUGCUUCUAAGAUAGAUACUAAGCCAGUCCAGUCUGGAUCCUAAAUACAGUGGAACCUCGACUUACGUACGGCUCUACUUACAUACGAUUCCAGUUAUGACCUUCAGUAGGUGCUUCGACUUAUGAACUUUCCUCUAGAUAGGAACAGAGGCCUUGCCAGCAGCCCAGAGCUCGCCCGGCCAGCUGCGGGGCAGCGCUGGGGUCUCCGUCGCCAGGGAGAGGCCUCUGGUUUGCCAGAGCUUACCCCGCCGGCUGCGGAGUAGCGCUGAGGCCUCUGCUGCCGGGGAGAAGUCCCUCAUCCCACUCCCGAAGCUGUGGAAGAGGCGCCGCCUGCAAGAGGCACAGCAGGGCACGCUGCAGCCCCAAACCCCACCGAGGAACUAACCUGAGGAAGUCCAGAGAAGAACCUGGCCUGGCAAGAAAAAAAAAGUGACCCUGGCCGAAGUGAAUCAACUCUUUACUGACCCUUGCCCCACCCCCAGCUUGUAGCCAGGUAAGCCCACCCACCCUCAAUGCACAUAAGGGGGAAAAAUGUUAUUUUUUUCAUCUACAAUACUGUCUUAUUUAUUUUAUAGUACAGUACAUGGAUUAUUGCCUUCAUUUUAUGGAUCUAUGGUCUCGUUAGACAGUAAAAUCCGUGUUAAAUUGCUGUUUUAGGGGGUGUUUUUCAUCAUCUAGAAUGGAUCAAUUGACUUUUCCAUUACGUUCUAUGGAAAAGUGUGCCUCUACUUCUGUACGUUUCUGGUUAUGGCCAGACCUCCGGAACAGAUUGUGGUUGUAAGUAGAGGUUCCACUGUAUUCCCACAUGCAGCAGCAAGCAUGUGUAUGCAAGAGGUGUUCAUCUUGAUCAAUGGCAGUGUUGAAGGGAUCAGUCAGUCAACAGGUUUGGGAACAGUAAGAUGCAGUGCAAUCCUAUGUAUGUAUACUCAGACAUAAGUCUCGUUGAGUACAAAGGGGCUUUCUCCCAAGUGAGUGCAGAUAGAAUUGCAACUUCAAUGAGAGUUUGGAAUCAGUGGCGUAGCGUGGGUUGCCAGCAACCGGGGAUGCACAGAGGGCGGGGGUGGGAGGGAAGGAGGGAAACGGAUGGAGUGCACAUGUGCAUUCAACUGCCUGAUGUCAUCCGCAUCACCCAAGAGAUCACAGCUGUAGAGCUAAGAAAAGAAGAGUCUUCUGUUGUCUGGAGAGUUCAAUUCCUGGUUCACAUGGAGAAGCCGUUUUCAAUAGACGGAAGUGCACAGCUUUCUGAUGCAGCACCAGGUGUUGAAAUUUUAUGCCCCUAACAAUUUUGCGCCCGGGGCAACUGCCCCGAUGCCCCUCCCCAUGCUACACCACUGUUUGGGACUAAAAUCCAGGCAGCCAUGCACAGCAACCCAAUUUACAGGAACCAAAGAGUACAUUUCCUAGUAGCACCAGGCAGUUCGCAAUAUUACUCGUAGUGAUGAAUAAUGCACUGUCUUAGGCCAUCAGUAAAUGCCUGCAGAACAGUCUCUGUAUCAGGCAGAUGUUACCUCACUGAAGGAUCAUUCAUGGACAGUCCCUGUCAGACAACAACUGCAGCUCCUGAUCAGCCAGAGCAAAAAUCAUCAGGCAGUUUCCUCUUCAUCUUCAUGCAUUCAUUUAUCAAAGCAAUUUGAAGCUAUCAUUUCUCAGCUGCCGAGGGAAGGCUGUGCGGUUGCUAAAUAUUUCACAUUUGCAUAACGUUACAACAUUAACACAUUUCUCUUAUGAGAAAUGAACAUUAAACUGUUGGCAAUGCGGAAUCUGUUAGCACCAAAUUACUGCUCAAAACCUACAGUUUUAAUGUUACCAUUCAUAAUCUCCUGCACGCACAAAUACGCAAUGAGCCUUCAUACUCCUGAAUUGAAAUGUGGCAACUGCUUUAUUUCAUGGGAAAUGCUUUUAAGUUUUUCUGUAACAUUCAAGGCUGAAGCUAACAGAAAAGUAUCUAUGAUGGGGAAAUUAAGGGAGAAAACAAGUCACUCAGUCCUCCAGGUCUCUGUCUAAUUGACUGUUUAUGUCUCUAGUUAAAUCUCUUCUAGUUACACCAGACAUCUGUCUCCUCAGUCCCUUCAGGUAACGGAUCAUCUUAGCAUCAUCAACAUGUCAUUUCCUCUCCAGCAAACAGAUUUUCGGCUGUUUGUGGUGUUUCAAAAAAAAACAACCCCCAAAAACCUCAAGCCCUGUUUGACUAGAAGUGGCAGUGGGACAAAAGUUUGUUAAAAGUUUGACAGCAACAGCCAAUAAUUAGAACAUGUUCCAUUCAUACCUUGAAAGUUAGGGUAGCUGAUGGGUUCUUUUGAUAUUGCCUUUUUACUGAUUUUGUUUUUGUUUUUUAAAAUAUUUUUAUUAAGCAAUUUCAACAUAACAAAUUAUCAGUCCAUAUAAUCAAUUACAUUAUUCCUCCCCCUUUUCCCCCUCCUCAUCCCUCCCUCCCCUCCCACCAAAGACUUCCCUCAGCUCCCCUCUCUGAUUUCUUUGCACAUAUCGCUCUCUGCAUAUUAUAAAAUUGUACAUACCUUUAUUUUGUCGAUCAUAUGUUCACCUAAUAAAUUUGUGGAUGUUUAUUCAAACCUGCCAAGGAGUCCACUUCAUUUUGUUGUCUUUUUAGGUAACUUGUAAAAAGCUCCCAUUCUUCUUUAAAGUCACAGUUGCCCUUGUCCCGCAAUUUGUAUGUCAAUUUAGCCAGCUCUGCAUAGUUCAUCAGUUUUUCUUGCCAUUGUUCUUUCGUUGGGAUUUCCUCAUUCUUCCAUCCUUGUGCAAUCAAGACUCUUGCCGCUGUUGUGGCAUACCUAAAUAAGUUCUUUGUUUUUCUUGGCAGGUCUUGUCCUACAAUCCCUAACAGAAAUUCUUCUGGUUUUUUUACAAAUGUCAUUUUAAACAUUUUUUUUCAAUUCAUUAUAUAUCAUUUCCCACAAAUUUUUAAUUUCUCUACAUUCCCACCACAUAUGAUAAAAAAUACGGUACCUUCUUUUUCUUUACAUUUCCAGCAUAUGUUUGACCCGGUUUUGUACAUUUUUGCUAUUUGUACUGGUGCGAUAUACCAUCUAUGCCUUUUAACUGAUUUUGGCAGCAACCCUGCAGAUGGUUGAAGACUGGCUGAGCGGCUUUAGGAAGUCAUAUCAGUGGGACAUCUACAGCUCUAGAGAUCCCUCAGUACUUUCCCAGAAAGCUUUGCUUGUAUAGAUGUCCUAAGGGAAGAGUGGUCAUGGGCCCUCAGUCUCCAAAGCCACCACACUACCCUGAUACUGUCAGUUUGCAUUUCUUAGUGCAGAAAGUAUUAAUCUGAUGUGUAGAGAUCCUUCCUAUUCUACUUAAUUCCGGAGGGUUCUGGAAGCUUCUCUGUGUGAAAGAAGCAAGCAGAAGGUUCGUGAUGUUUGGGUUAUUCCUUCAGAGAAGAUGAGUACAGCUGGAUUAAACUACAGUGGUACCUUGGGUUAAGUACUUAAUUCAUUCCAGAGGUCCGUUCUUAACCUGAAAGUGUUCUUAACCUGAAGCACCACUUCAGCUAAUGGGGCCUUCUGCUGCCGCUGCGCCGCCGCUGCACGAUUUCUGUUCUCAUCCUGAAGCAAAGUUCUUAACCUGAAGCACUAUUUCUGGGUUAGCAGAGUGUGUAACCUGAAGCGUAUGUAACCUGAAGCGUAUGUAACCCAAGGUACCACUGUAGUUCUCUUAUCUUUUUCUGUCAAGGUCAUGCUGACUAUAAAAUUAAGGCCAGAAGGAGCGUGGGUUUCACUUCUCUUUCUUUCUCUCUUCCUUCUGGUGUGGUAUUCUGUACAUAGUAUGCUUAGCAUUAAGGUUUAGACUUAUUAGAAGUUAUUGCUAAGUUUAAGUUAAGUCUGCUGCAAUUGGAUUUCUUAUGGACAGGGCCAGUCCUGAAUGUGUUGGAUUUGUGACCAUUAUGCUCAUUUGCCUUCAGUAGCAGUAAAGCUCUGCUGGAUGAAAUGUGAUCACCUCUGGUCUAUUUUUUUGGGAAUCCUGCAACAUGUUUAAGCUUUUACUCUGCUAACUAUGCGUUGGAAUCUGCUCUGGAUCGGUACUGAGUAGAAUUUCAUGACAGAUACACCCACCAAACUGGCCUGAGACUAUGGCAGGUGUAGUUCCUUCCCUCAGUGAGAAGGAAAAAGAAGAAUUCCGCCUACCUCCUCCCGCCCUGGUCACAGUGACUCUCCUGGGUAUUAGACAGGGGUUAUUCAAAGCCCUAUCACAGGGGUCAGCAAACUUUUUCAGCAGGGGGCCGGUCCACUGUCCCUCAGACCUUGUGGGGGGCUGGACUAGAUUUUGAAAAAAUAAUAAUGAGCGAAUUCCUAUGCCCCACAAAUAACCCAGAGAUGCAUUUUAAAUAAAAGCACACUUUCUAUUCAUGUAAAAACACGCUGAUUCCCAGACCGUCAGCAGGCAAUUGGGCUCGAUCCAGCCCCUGGGCCUUAGUUUGCCUACCCUAUUUGGAGACUCCAGAGAUUGGGUACACAGGGUAUCCCAAAAUGCACGCAAACCCACCCCCCCAAAAAAAGAAUUGUGUCUGUGGCUUGUAUAUUUGCUCUCUAGGGAUUCUUUAUUACUAGCGCAGCCAUGUCCUGGUUACCAUGGCAACUAUUGCUCAGUGGUAAAUUCCAUCAAAGCACAAAGGCAGACUGAGGGGAAAGGAAAGAAAAAAAGAGGUUGCAUACAAAGAACUGGAGUGUGAAAGGACUGGAGUGUGUCUUAUCUCUCUCCCCCCCCCUUUUCUAUGUAUGCGGCGAGUUCCGUAUUAUGCCAGAGAAGCAAAAAAGAGGUUAUAAUGCAGAAAUCCCAACCGUGACAAAAAAUAAAUAUAUUCUACAUUUAAUUUCCCCAGUGCUCUCCUCAACUCCAUCUCACACAAGCUCUUCUGUUCAUCUCUUUUGACCAGGAUAUAUCUCGUGAUAUAUCUGCUACAUUUGGGAAUCACGAUAUUGAUAUACUUCGCCAUUAUAUGGCAUAUCAAACAACCUGAGUUGCAGUUCCUGUGUGGAAGUCUGAGUGUGUACAGGGGAGGGACCACAAUUUCCUAAGCCCUGCUGGCCUCACGGCAAUCAGGGUGGAAGAGGUGGGAGAGAAAACAACGAUGCCAGUACCAAGACAGGCCUAUCUCAUCUGCCUUGUCAGAAACAUGUCAGUGGAAUGGGAGAGUUUGAAUCCUGUGGAUUCCCAGUCGCUCCUGAUACAUGGCUGGCUCUACCAUUAGGUAGAGUGAGGCAACCACCUGAGACGAUAGAUACUGUAGGUCAGGGAGUGGCAGGAAUGUGUUGGAGGGCAGAGGUGUAUACAGUGGUACCUCGGGUUGCAUACGCUUCAGGUUACAUACACUUCAGGUUACAGACUCUGCUAACCCAGAAAUAGUACCUCGGGUUAAGAACUUUACCUCAGGAAGAGAACCAAAAUCGUGCACUGGCAGCGCAGCGGCAGCAGCGGGAGGCCCCAUUAGCUAAAGUGGUACCUCAGGUUAAGAACAGUUUCAGGUUAAGAACGGACCUCUGGAACGAAUUAAGUACUUAACCCGAGGUAACACUGUAUGUCAUAUGACCUGUCCUGUCCUAAGCUAAUCUGCAGUCCUCAGCCACAUUUAAGGACACUUUCCCAUCACCACGGUUGAUUCAACUGCUUCUGAAACCACAGCUUGUAAUUCACUUCAUGCCACAGAACACAUUGUUUCCUCUGCUGCUGCUGCUACUUCUCCUCCACCCUCGUUGUUAUUUCAAUAAUUUAUUCUUUCGGUCAUUAGAUUAAUUUUUAUCUUAUGUUUUAUUUCUAGUUUAUUUUAUUUCUCUUUUGCCUGCUUAACGUAGGCUGGGUUUCUAGUUUAAGAUCUGCUGGGUCCUGGUUGAGCUGGAAUAAUAAUAAUAAUAAUAAUAAUAAUAAUAAUAAUAAUAUCCUGCCCAUCUGGCUGGGUUUCCCCAGCCACUCUGGGUGGCUUCCAGCAAAAUAUUAAAAAAUAAUAAAAUGUCAAACAUUAAAAACUUCUCGAUACAGGGCUGCCUUCAGAUGUCUUCUAAAAGUUGUGUAGGGAUGAGGGAAAUGUACUGGCAUAACUCUGUCUGAGCCAAGGAUGUGGGAGAUAAGCUGCCAUAUAGCCUGUUUGUGCCAAGAACCUCCUGGACCAUCCGGAGAUCCUCUGGAUCCUAUCCCACUCAUCCUGAUGGAGCUUGCUAUAGGAUCGCUCCCUGCAAGUGUUUAGACUUGCAGAGUUUGCCAGUUGAAAGGUAAAUAAUGAACCAGUCAGGGAAAGAGGAAAACGAUGAAUUUUCGUGGCAAAAGACUAUCGUUUUCACCUGACAAAUUCCUUAGACAAGUGAUUUAUUGUCUAGGAAAGGUUAAUCUGCACGAUCCCCAUUUUGUAGGACUGACAGUUGAGCAAGCAUGUUUAUAAAACAAAGGCACUGUGUAUGUGAUUAUGUCAGCUCAUCUCUACGGAGGCAGUUUUCGAUCUAUAGACUACCGUAACAACAACCGAAAAAGACUUUUCUGGCAUUAGAAACUUACACAGCUUUGCAGCAAUAGCUUCCAUUCCAUCCUAUCAUCUAGCUGCACCUGCCUGAUAGAUGCCAUUUCUAUUUUCUCAGGCAGCUUUAUUGCUUUUAUCUAAAAAUGAGGAGUUAUGAAUAUAUUUGAAGUAGUAAUGUCUAGAUUAGAGCACCUUGCCAUCGUGCGUUCGUUGCUCCUUAAGAGUUCCCCAGGGCACAAUUAAAACUAAAUUGCCAGACUUGGAAAGAAAAACUGUCAUUAUACAUUGCAUCAUAUUGCUAUAGAAAAUCUUCCAUAUGUUGAGGCUGUUUUCAUUUCCUCAGCCCUUCCCUGAUGGAGCCUUAUCCAAAUGUGCAUGUCUGACAAGCCACCGACUUUGUUUCCAGACCUGGAGAGAAUUGCACUUGUAUGCCUAAUAAUCUGGAGAUGAGCUUGUAUACCACAUUUCCACCUUCCGUCACCAGUGAGAAGUCAAGCUAAUCCAAAUCGAUGGCGCAUGAUGUGUAUGGACCUGCAUAAUGCAGUGUUGCCAGUGUAAUAGUCCCAUCUCCAGAGUUUGUCACAGAUUUAGAGUUAUUUCGCAGUUCCUUGUUGGCUCAUUGAGCUAUAGAUUUCUCUGUACACACACACACAGAGAGAGAGAGACACAGUUUGGCUCAUUGGAACAGAAUAUAUGAUCGUUCUCCAAGUCAACAUUUCGAACAGCUUGGGGUGAAUACAGAACACACAGCAAGUUCAUUAUGUACUCCUGGAACAUCUGUAGUCAUCCUGGAGGUUUUGUUUUCCCCCCGCUAACAUCUUUUCACAAUAAUAACCAGACUGCCUGCUGCGAUUUUCGUUUCAUAACUAAUGUCUUGACCCCUGCUGCCUACACUUCUUUCAUUUUUCAUUCAUGGUUUUGCAGAUUGCUAAGCAUCAGGGAAUCAAACGUCAUUGUGGUAGAUAUCAAAAAAUUGAGAAAACGCUUGGGAACUGGCACCACAGCCCCAAAUCCUAAAAGUGAUACAAACAGCUUAUGAGAUGCUCUUAUAAACUCUGCAUAGCACAACCCAAGGUGGGGCAAAUUAACCAAACCUCCUCUUAUAAUGUUUGUUUCUUCCAGACCCACCAUUCCCUUCCAGGUAGGCAUAACUGUGGCAUCUCUCUUCUGUCUGUUUUCUCUGGGUCUUAAAGGCCACCUGGUUAGAAGAGAGAAUUGUGACAGGGGCAGCUCAUUAUGCAAGAAUGGGGGGGGGGGGAGUUCACCUGCCAAAAGGAAGAGUGCUCAUAAUUUUCAGCUGAAUAUGACCUCUUUGAGGGGGCGGCCCCCACAAAUAUUUUAUUGGAGGUACCAAAGCGAUCUUGGCCCCGAGGAGUUGGCUCCGAUGCCUGCAUGUAUUUGCCUGUGAUUUGACAGGAGCUACGAUACAUGCCAAUUUCACCCACCUCUGUCAAACAAGAAAAGAAGAUGUAGCUAUUUUUAAACUACUCCUGGUAGUGAAAUUUGUGUGUGGUGGUGGGAAGGACACCUAGUUGUUCUUGUUUUCUGAAUCAGGCUCUGACUCCAAGCUGAAGCUUCUGAAGUACUUCAGGCCAAGGCAAGCUAUUUCCUGAAGUGCCAGGGGCCAAACCAAAUUUUAUGGCCAAUGUAAUGCCAUACCCCUAAUGCCAUGUAACCGUCCGUGUGCCUCUCAAAAUACCCUGCUGCCCUUAGGUGCCAUGGAGGAUGUGGUGCCACCCGUGCUGGAAUUAAGAUUCAACUCACAUUGCAGUCAAAAUCUCUGUGUGGUAACAGAGAAGGGGGGGGGGGGAAUUUUGCCUACCUCAGGCUGUCAACAACAAAAUGUAUUUGCUCAGGCCUGCUUGCAAAAUUAGUCCUUCGGGUUACUUAGAUCCUUCUUCCACACCAGACCUACUUACAGUUCAGUUAGAGAAGAACACUGACUCAGCAAGAAAGCAAGGGAAAGCUUGCGGGUAACUGCUGGAAAAGAGAAAAACUCAACCCAAAUGUUGCUCGUCAGUUGCUGCUUAUUUACUUAGGACUGCACUAAUUUAUUACAUUCUUGUUCCUGCAUGUAACUGCCUAUAUAUAUAUAUAUAUAUAUAUAUGCGCAUCAGCACAUCCUUCAAAAGGCUCACUAGGGUAGGGAGCAACCCUGAGGACAUUCACUUUGUAAUAGCAAGCUCCUAAUUUUUUCCCCCCCUCUGGUGCAAUUUUUAUUCUGAAUGUUAAGGGAGCCUCAGUGGGGAAAAUAUUCAGGAGCAGCUUGUAAGAUGCAGAGUAACAAACAUAUAUUCCCUGUGCUAACACACACAACUAACAAUGCAAUACUAAGGGGAAUACUAGCAAUGCAAUCCUAAGGAUGUUUACUUGGAAGUAAGUCCCAUUGUGUUCAGCAGGGCUGAAUGUCCAUAAGUGAUUUUUCUGGCAGAAAUUGCUGGCACGACAUACAGUGGUACCUCAGGUUACAUACACUUCAGGUUACAUACGCUUCAGGUUACAGACUCCGCUAACCCAGAAACAGUGCUUCAAGUUAAGAACUUUGCUUCAAGAUGAGAACAGAAAUCAGGUUCCGGCGGCAUGGCAGCAUCAGGAGGCCCCAUUAGCCAAAGUGGUGCUUCAGGUUAAGAACAGUUUCAGGUUAAGUAUGGACCUCCAGAACGAACUAAGUACUUAACCUGAGGUACCACUGUAUUCCCUUCAAUAUUAUCAAAUUUUGGUAUUGACUUUUUGCAUGUACGUUGACUAAAAUCCAUACACACUAAACAGAUCAAUUAUGUCUCAUACAGUCAUAGAAUUGUAGAGUUGGAAGUGACCAUGAGGGUCAUCUAGUCCAACCUCCUGCAAUGCAGGAAUCUUUCGCCCAACAUGGGGCUUGCACCCACAACCGUGAGAUUAAAAAUCUUGUACUCUGCCAACUGAGCUCGCUCCACCAUCUGGAGAUAGAAUCUUGACUCACAGAAUCUUGACCCAACCCUCUUUCUCCUGCGGUCCUGUCCAUUCUGCGAAAGACCGGAGAUCCAUGUCUUGUGCCAAAUCAGUGGAGAAUUAUGUUGUGCUAUCAAGAGAGAUUUAUUACGGCACGGGCAUUUGUGGAUUCAAGCCAGUUUCAUCAGACGCAUGAAGUGUCGUCCUCAGUUGGCAGAUAUAUGCACAUCUGGGUGUAGAGGGGAGGGGUGGCAUUGUAAAUUGUGGGGCCAAACAGCCAUGAAAUGCAAAGAUACCAUCUGUGGCAAUGCUGUGCCACAAACGUACAGCUGCUGCACUUGGCAGCACCUUCUAGGUGGUUGGACUGUCUGGUCCUGGCAGUGGCAGGAAGAAGGAGCAAGCAUUCAGACAUCAGAAGCUUGAAGAACAUUGCUCAGCAUAUCACCCAAGGCACCUGUUGUUGCACCUGGGUUCUCCCUCUCUGCCCUUGGGCACUGAAAAGUCCUCCCAUCUUCAGGGAAAGCGAGGAGGGACCAUUCAGCAGGACAAUUAUUUGCCAGCCUUUGAGGGAGUGAGAUAGGAUGGAAGGCACUGGGGAAAGCCACAAGGAUCUAAUAAUAACCCAGAUAUGCUAGCCUGGAGCGAUCCUAUGCAUUGUAAAGGAGUAGAAGGAGUCCUGAUGUAAUCAGAUUUCAUUCUGUUAUGUAAACUGGUUUGGGGAUUUUUCUAGAUCGAAAGGUGCAAUACAUAUAAGCAGAAAGAAAAUACAAGAUUAAAAAACAUUGUCCUGUAUCGGAAGAUUUUUGGCAGAAGGUAACUGAAACUAUCAACAGAACAGUGCAGAACCACCUUACAUUUAUGGAGCAAAAUAUCCUCUUGAAUUAUAUACCCAGCACAUGGAAACUUACAAAAGGACAAUACGAAUGGACUCUCCAUGCCCUUACUACAGCAAAAAGACUGAUACUGAUGAACUGGGAAAAUAAAAAUGCGGCUCCCUUCGACUAUUGGAUUGACGACUUAUACAAACUCGCAACAUAUGAACAACUUGCAUAUAAAUGCAGACUUGCCAUGGACAAAUUCAAUGGUAUUUGGAAUCCAUUCUUACAAAUACAAUGGUACCUCGGGUUAAGAACUUAAUUCGUUCUGGAGGUCCAUUCUUAACCUGAAACUGUUCUUAACCUGAAGCACCACUUUAGCUAAUGGGGCCUCCCGCUGCGGCUGCGCCGCCACCAUGUGAUUUCUGUUCUUAUCCUGAAGCAAAGCUCUUAACCUGAGCUACUAUUUCCGGGUUAGCAGAGUCUGUAACCUGAAGCGUCUGUAACCCAAGGUACCACUGUACUGUAAUAGGUUAAGAUCUGGUGAAGUACAAUAACAACCUUGUAAAAUAUACAGUUUUGGGUUUUCCUCCCUCCCUCUUUAUUUUCCCUUAUAUAUGGGUGCUGUUCCUUUCCCCCUCUUUUUCUCUCUUUUAUUUACAUCUCACCAUGUUUAAUGCACAUAUAACUAUGUACUUUUUGAACUUUCAAUAAAGAUGGGGGGGAUACAAGAUAAGCACAGUGAUUAUUUCUUUCCAGCAAAUGUUGGACUAUGGAAGCACUUAAGAACCUUUAACUCUCUAAGGUGUGAGUCCACAAUCUUUACAUGUUAUUGGUGUUCCCCAAAGAGGGUACACUUUAUAUUUUUUUGUUGCUGGUUUGUGCCAUAUUAAAAACUGAGAAGAUGAUAGAAUGCUGACUUAGUUCUUCGAAUACAGCCUUAUUGUGAAAGCGAGAGAAUAUUAUAUCAAGAGAAAGAGAGAUGUGGUUUUCCAAACCUCUCUCUAAUAGGAGGCAGUUUCACCUUCGGACUUCAGACUUUGUGCAAUUGCUUCUUUCUGGAACAAUGAAAAUGGCAGGUGGGUUUUCAACAAUGUUGAAUGGAUCUUGGUAAUACUGGCCAUAAAGAGAUGCUUGACUGAGCGACACACUAGCCCUAUUGACACCUUCAAACCACGCUCAUCAAACACAUCGGGGCGGGGAUCCAUCAUGCUUCUUGGCCCACCUUUGCAUAUCUAGCAGGAGGAAUGAAGGACUUCUCUGUGCAUGUAAAAAGUGCACAGCUGGAGGCCCAGAUUGUGCAUGGGUCGCAAAUCAUGCUCCAAAGCCUCUGUAUAUUUAGGUGUGCAAUACAGAGUUUCCUUGGCGCUUUCUGUGAGCACAGAGAGAUUUGAGGUAGAUCUAGCAGGCAAAAUCCCACCCUGUUAUCAUCCAUGUGUUCAGUGAAUGCUGUUUGCAGGUUCUCACGAACAGAGCUCCCAUUUUGUAGGUUACAUGCUUUGGUCAGUGAGCGCAACUUAAGAAUCUGACGGCAAUUAUAUUGAUGUAAAAUGCAUUCCUUAAACACAUAGAUGUGGCUCUGUCUAAAGCAGUUCAAACUGACCGUUAAAGGGAGCCAAGGAAUCACUCCCUCAAAGGGUUUUACAGAUAUUAUUUUGUUUUGCAAGGAAAUGUAUGCAGUGAGGCUGCAAUGACACUGAUGCAAUACACCUGCUGCCAUUCUGGUGCCAUUUCAGCGAGGCAAAAGCAAAUGGUUUGUUUCCAGGAAAUUAUUAUUACUUCAUGCUGUCAUCAGCUUCAGAAAGCAGCCAUAGCCAUCAAGCACAGCUAAAUUCAUCUUUUGAGCCGUUUCUUUGGAAAUAAGAGUCUUGGGUGGGUUGUUGUUUUUUAAUGUGACAUCAAGUACAGUAAUGACCUUGUGUAAAAAUGAUGGCAGAUGCCGAGCUGCCAUACGCUGAUUUCUGUAUGCUGCAGAGAGGAAUGUGUUUGGGUUCUGAAAACCUAAAUGGGAAACAACAAUGGAUUUUACUCCAGGGGCGGCUCAAAUGAAACCGCAACAUGAAUAGACCACAAUAAAAAGAGAUUCUUAAGAUGACCAAGAGUUAUUACUACAACGUAUGUUAAGCACUCAAGUAAGGGAGCAGCUUUUACAGGAUGAUUUGAUAAUUACUUUGCUGGCACCGAUUACGGAAAGCCUUUUAAAACAAACACAGCAGCCAACGUACUUGGACAAUCUCUGGCAUAAAGGUACAUGAAAGAUAAUCCCUGCCUCACUGGAUUAGUCAGAAGUGUUGUGAUUAUAUUGCUAAUAGUAGCCAGCCAACCUAGACAGCAUCUUAAAAAGUAGAGACAUCACCUUGCCAACAAAGGUCCGUAUAGUAAAAGCUAUGGUUUUCCCAGUAGUGAUGUAUGGAAGUGAGAGCUGGACCAUAAAGAAGGCUGAUCGCCGAAGAAUUGAUGCUUUUGAAUUAUGGUGCUGGAGGAGACUCUUGAGAGUCCCAGGGACGGCAAGAAGAUCAAACCUAUCCAUUCUGAAGGAAAUCAGCCCUGAGUGCUCACUGGAAGGACAGAUCCUGAAGCUGAGGCUCCAAUACUUUGGCCACCUCAUGAGAAGAGAAGACUCCCUGGAAAAGACCCUGAUGUUGGGAAAUAGAGGGCACAAGGAGAAGGGGACGACAAGAGGACGAGAUGGUUGGAUAGUGUUCUUGAAGCUACCAGCAUGAGUUUGACCAAAUUGCGGGAGGCAGUGGAAGACAGAAGUGCCUGGCGUGCUCUGGUCCAUGGGGUCACAAAGAGUCGGACACGACUAAAUGACUAAACAACAACAGUAGCCAGCUGUUAGCUUAUAAUACUUAAGCUAAUGGCCACCACAUCUCAUAUUUGCUUAAAUUCCAUCAGUCAUUUCUAUGCUGUGCGGAGAAAAAUAUAUAUCUCCUUUUGUUGUCUUGAACCUACUGCCAAUCCCCUUUAUUGCAUAAUUCCAAAUUCUAGUCAAUAUUAUAACGGAAGAAGUAUUUAGCUCUCUGUGCCUUUGUUUCCAUCUCCAGUGAUUGCAUUUUUUUUCACGUUCAAGUCUCUGUCCUCACAAGUCAGCAGAAAUAAAACUUUCAAUUUCUACAAUUGAAGCAAAAAUUAACCAGUGCGUAGUUUUAUUAAGACUGUGCCAAGUCGUUCCCAGCCCCACCCCCACAGCCCCUUAAAGAGCUGGAAUUUAGUAACAUGAUUUCACUCAUCAUCUGGACAUAACACUUAAUUAUGUAACCUAACUAACGGCAAGAAUUGACAUAAAUGAUCACUUUAUAGGUUACAAUUGGUUAGUUCUGUACUAGAAACAGCUUGAGGGCAACCCCCAGAUUGCUUCACCAAAGACAGUACAGUUAAUCCAUCUCCACAUUUGGUAUUAAGAGCAGGAUUUCCCUUUGGGUAUUAAUGACAUCACAGUGCCAUUGAUGGAAGCAGAGAAAAAGCAACAGCAGUGCAGCACAUUGCUCUGUCAGUCCCAGUAAAGAAAUACCGGUAGCUCUGGGUUCUCAAGGGAUCAUUUUUAGAUUUCUCUCCCACCAAGCAAAUACAUUGUGAUGUACUUAGACCUGGGAGACCUAGGCCUUAAGCCCUGCUCAGCCAAAGAGCAAGUCACUAUUGCUUUGUAUAGCAUACCUUGUUGCGAGGAUAAAAUUGUGUAGUACAGGGACAAGGAACCUGUGACCCUUUCAGAGUUGUUAGGCUGCCAUUCCCAUCAGCUGCAGCCUUCCUGGCCAGGGCUGAUGGGAGUUGGAGUCUAGCACCAUCUAGAAAGCUGCAGGUCCCCUAUCUUGAAUAAGGGCAUGUGGCAAGUGCAAGCCAUGGUCCAACUGUCUAGUGAUCCAGGAAGAGUGUUGGACAACCAAACGAACACUGAAGGUAAACCACGUUACAGAAAUAAGCAACUCCUCUUCAAUACAUGGUAACCUCAAAAUCCCAUCUUUCUUCCAACACAACGUGUUGACACUUCAGUUCUCUGUGUUAAUGGGGUCCUGCUUGGUGCCACGAUGAUGUGGCGCUCCCAUGCUGCUGCUCUGCAUUGGAGCGUGCUGGGUUUGCCUUGUUCCUCACAGCCAUUCUGUCCUUUAGAAAGCUACUCCCAUUCAGAGCAGGAAGUAUCACACUAGAUGGACCAACAGCAUAUGGCAGUUUCAUACGCCAAAUACCUUAAGAUCACGCUCAAUACCAGGUGUUACACGUACAAUGAGUAAUAUUUUAUUUCAUUAAAAUAUAUUGGAAACAUCUCUUGCAAAAGAGGUGGGUUCUCAAUAAUUUAUUACUAUUUACAUUAGCAAAUUUUGUUUUACAAUCAAUAUACAAAAGAAUACUGAAAGGUUCACAGGAGAAAGGGACAAUGUACCAUAUUCUUCGGAGCUUGGGGGGAAACAAAUGGAGUAAGGAACUUGGAAUGUAUUCUGUUCUUCAUUUCCUACACACAACUUCUGGCAAUUCCACUAAACACCUCUAUCAGUUUUAUCUCAGUUUAACCACCAUUUCCCCUUCCUCUGGGAACUAUAAUUUUCAGUGGGUGUUGAUAAUACUCUGCUGGAGCAUGGCUCACAGAAAUACAGUUCUUCAUAUUCCCCCUGAGUAGAAGGAAUGGCAAUUAAACCAGUUGAGGCCUAUAGUUUAGAUGUGCCUUUAUUAAGCAGCUUCAUCACAGUAUGUGGUUGAAUAAGCUGCGAUAACAGGUGCUUUGCCACCCUAUGAGCUGGAGCCAAAACCAAGCUUAACACAGCACCAUUCAGUAGUUAAAAGGCUUUGAGGCCUGCUUCUGCUGUUAUCUCAAAUGCUUCAUAUUAACAGAGCCCACUACUGUCACCACAGAACCAGUUCCCCCUCCUCAUCCAUGCCAUUCAGGCCUACAGAACUUGUCUCUGUGCCAUGUCCUCCUUCAGGGAAUGCAAGAGUUGUUUAUGCUUUCCCCCAAGCCAGUGGCAAGCAGAAGGGACAAUGUGGCUGUCACUUUCAAGGACCUCCAGAAUUGCACUUGUUUUCUUAAUAGCUGUGCAUGGAAGCUCUUUCAGAGCCAAAACUCUGCCUGCUGUAGAGCUAUUUUGGUCAAGCUUCCAACCCCAGAAGGCAAACAGAGGGGGAGGGCUAGAGUCAAAGUGGGCUAGUGGAUUUUUAUAAGGGUGCACCUGUUGCUGUAGCACAGCUUUAAAAUGUCCACAUGUAGAUGGAUGAAGCUUAUUUCUGAAUGCAUGAGAAGUAAGAAUAAUGGGGGCCAUAAAGGAACAUUUGACUCCCAUCAGUCCCAGUUGGCAUGGACACUGGUCAGGGAUGAUGGAUAGAAGUUGUAGUCCACAAAUAUAUGGUGGGCCACAAGAUCCUCAUUCAUGCCCUAGAGAGCCAGCUGACAAUUCUAGUGGAAACCCUGUAAUAGUGAGAACGGCAAAGAUUUCCUGGUUCCAAGACGGGAGAAAUCCUAACAGCAUUUCUAGCAGACCCAUCCAAAAUUCAGGUACAGUUAAAAAAUAAAAAAAUAAAAAUUGUGCAUUUCUUUCCCUUUCCCCCAACUUGGGAUGCAACUUGCUUGUUUCCUUUAUAAUUAUUUUUAUUAUUAAUUAUUAUUUCAAGUGAAAAAGACAGGCCCUUGGAUGAUUAAAUAAAACCACAGGCUUAGAAUAAGUUAAAUUAAGCAAUCCAUUUAUGUGCUUAUUUCCUGCAGGCACGCAUGACAUAA